AUGACGGCCCAGACAAGCGAAAAGAUCAGACUCGUGCGCAUUGCUCACGUCUACUACGCACACACCGACUUCGACGCGGCUCAGCAGUUUCUUUUAGAUUUCGGCCUCGUGGUAGCUGAGCGACAGGAUGACAAAGUCUUCUAUAGAGGCUACGGGCCCGAUCCGUUUGUAUAUUGCGCUAUCAAAGGAAGUAGCGUGGGCUUUCAGGGUGCAGCCUUCAUGGUAGAAUCCAUGGACGACUUGAUGCGCGCUUCGACCACGUUGCCCGGUGCCACCAAGAUUCAGCCGCUGAGAGCUCCGGGUGGUGGCUAUAUUGUCACGUUCACUGACCCUGUGGACGGAUUCCUGUUCCAUUUAGUCUUUGGGCAGGCAAUGGCUGAGCCAUCAGACGGACUACCCGAGCUCGAUUACAACUUCCCACAAACGAAGAAUCGAGAGGUGAACAAGACGCAGCGGUUCACAGCCGGGCCGGCCAUGGUUCACAAGCUGGGGCACUUUGGGUGCUGUGUGACUGACUUCGCCAAAACGUUCAGCUUUUACACCACUCAUUUCAAUUUCAAGCCUAGUGAUGUGUUGCAUGAUGGCCUGGGCCAUGACCACACAGCCUUCCUGCACCUAGACCGUGGCAUGGAAAAGGUCGACCACCAUACAUUCUUUAUCUUUGAAGGUCCCAAGUUUCACAUUCACCACGCCAGUUUUGAGGUCCAUGAUUUCGACACACAGGCUCUCGGCCACCAAUGGCUGAAAGAAAAGGGCUAUGAUGUUGUCUGGGGCGUCGGUAGGCAUGUUCUAGGCUCUCAAAUCUUCGACUACUGGUGGGAUACAUCGAGGAACAUGGUGGAGCAUUACGCCGAUGGGGACCUCGUGGACGAAACUACCCCUGUUGGUCGAGACGUGGCUGGGCCUGAUAGCCUGCAUAUCUGGGGGCCUCCUCUGCCUCCAACGUUUAUGAUCUAG